AUGUUCGUGGCAGUUUCUAUUCAAACGACGCGCUUGAAAUACCGUAUUGCAAGGAUAAAUUUAAAAAAAAUGAGUAAUAUUUCUGACAGUAGAAAUAGUAAUUUAAUUUAUGGAAUGAUAGCAGUGGUACUUGGACUUAUUGGGUUUUUUGGAGUAAUAUUAAAUUUAUUUGUUAUUGUUGUUAUCAUCAAAAAAUCAAAAGCGAUUUGGACACCUAUAAACAUAACACUAGUUAAUCUCGCAUGUGGAGACUUUUUAGUCGCUCUUUUGGGAGAUCCUUUUGCAUUUAUAUCUGCUUAUAACCGUGGUUGGUAUUGGAGUCAUGCAACUUGUAUAUGGUAUGCUUGGUUUAUGUCAAGCCUUGGUCUAUCAAGUAUUGGGCAUUUGACAGUAUUGGCAAUUGAAAGAUGGUUCAUGAUAGUUAAGCCGAUGCAAACGUUAAGUAUUAAAUCAUCGUUAUUCCUAGCAGCGGGAGUAUGGAUUUAUGGAAUAAGUUUGAGUUUACCACCUCUUAUGGGGUGGGGUAAAUUUGGUUAUGAAGCAGCUAAUAUAUCAUGCAGUGUUUCAUGGGAACUUCAUGAUCCAUCAACGAAUACGGAUACUUAUAUUGCAUUUCUUUUUUUCUUUGGUUUUAUUGCACCUGUUACUCUUAUCUGUUUUUCAUAUACUGGUAUCGUCAGAACAUUAAAAAAAGUUAAAAAACGUACUGCUGGAGCAGCAGGAAAGCGGGAAAGACAAGUAACAUUAAUGGUUGCACUUAUGAUUAUUGCUUUUUUAUUUGCUUGGACACCAUAUGCAUCGUUUGCAUUAGCUUCGCAAUAUUUUUCUUAUCAGUUAACGGGCUUAAUCGCAGCAGUGCCGAGUGUCCUGGCAAAAUCAUCAAUUUGUUAUAAUCCGAUCAUAUACGCAGGUUUAAACCCGCAAUUCCGUAAAUCGGUGAAAAAAAUGUUCGGAUGUAAAGAUUCUCAGCAAGAAACAGGAAGACGAGCAAAGCCAAGUACUAUUCAAAUAAAUGUAACAACCAAAGUUUAA